AUGUCUUCCAAAUUCCGCGACGAGCUGCUUGAAAGCUAUUCGGAUGAGGAAUUAUUACGCCAUAUUGUGGCCUCCCCGCGGCAUCCGUUCCCCCCAGGCGAGGCUCAUGGCCCGUUCCCGUCCAGGAUACGCAUCUUAUCCGAGAAUCUUCUUGCUAAGGGAUAUGAUCGUGAGCAUCUGCCGGAAGUGACUCGGGCUGUUGAAGUCGCUCACCGGCUUGGUAUCCGCGUUCCCAAAAUCCUGCGGAUCGUCAGGGGCGAAGACGAUUGGGGUUACUGCAUUAUGGAACGCAUCCAUGGGCCGACGCUGGCGGAAGCCUGGGCGAAGCUUGGCUGGUUUACGACGGUGAGGCUGGCUUUACAACUUCGCCGCUUCGUCCGCCUCCUCAGGUCGGUAACGUCGACCACGGCAGGCCAACUCGUAACGGGCAGGUGUUACUCAUUCUAUCUCGACGACCGCUGGGGCCUUCCCGAUCGAGCAAGCAUGGAGGACGUCAAAAGCUAUAUCCAGUUCUGGGCCCGCUUCACCACUCUUAAGAAGGAAGUAGAGGCCCGCGAUCACGGCCGAACCGGUCCUCCGCCUCGAAUUCCGCCGAUGGGCGACACAUUCGUCCUCGUCCACCACGACCUUAAAGCUCGCAAUCUCGUGCUGGGGCCUUCUGGUCAGCUUUGGGUGAUUGACUGGGAUGUCGCUGGCUUCUACCCAAUCUAUUUUGAUCAGAACCUGAAGAAAUUCCACAAAAACACCCCAUAG